CUCUGUCAGUCUCCUCCUCUGCGUCCUCGGCCGCGGCCCGGGUCCCUGGCAAAGCCGCUGCCACCCCGGAGGGCCCAGCCAGUGGGCUCCCGGAGGCUGGCCAGGCAGGCGUGGUGCGCGGUAGGAGCUGGGCGCGCACGGCUACCGCGCGUGGAGGAGGCACUGCCCUGCCGCGAUGGGGACCCGGGGCGCUCCUUCACGCCGUAGACAAGCGGGGCGGCGGCUGCGGUACCUGCCCACCGGGAGCUUUCCCUUCCUUCUCCUGCUGCUGCUCCUCUGCAUCCAGCUCGGGGGAGGACAGAAGAAAAAGGAGAAUCUUUUAGCUGAAAAAGUAGAGCAGCUGAUGGAAUGGAGUUCCAGACGCUCAAUCUUCCGAAUGAAUGGUGAUAAAUUCCGAAAAUUUAUAAAGGCACCACCUCGAAACUAUUCCAUGAUUGUUAUGUUCACUGCUCUUCAGCCUCAGCGGCAGUGUUCUGUGUGCAGGCAAGCUAACGAAGAAUAUCAAAUACUGGCGAACUCCUGGCGCUAUUCAUCUGCCUUUUGUAACAAGCUCUUCUUCAGUAUGGUGGACUAUGAUGAGGGGACAGACGUUUUUCAGCAGCUCAACAUGAACUCUGCUCCUACAUUCAUGCAUUUUCCUCCAAAAGGCAGACCUAAGAGAGCUGAUACUUUUGACCUCCAAAGAAUUGGAUUUGCAGCUGAACAACUAGCAAAGUGGAUUGCUGACAGAACGGAUGUUCAUAUUCGGGUUUUCAGACCACCCAACUACUCUGGUACCAUUGCUUUGGCCCUAUUAGUGUCGCUUGUUGGAGGUUUGCUUUAUUUGAGAAGGAACAACUUGGAGUUCAUCUAUAACAAGACUGGUUGGGCCAUGGUGUCUCUGUGUAUAGUCUUUGCUAUGACUUCUGGCCAGAUGUGGAACCAUAUCCGUGGACCUCCAUAUGCUCAUAAGAACCCACACAAUGGACAAGUGAGUUACAUUCAUGGGAGCAGCCAGGCUCAGUUUGUGGCAGAAUCACACAUUAUUCUGGUACUGAAUGCUGCUAUCACCAUGGGGAUGGUUCUUCUAAAUGAAGCAGCAACUUCGAAAGGCGAUGUUGGAAAAAGACGGAGGUCUUUGCCUUUUCCAUUGAUCCACGAAGUUUUCCGGUAUUAUGUUUUUAAGCAAGUUAAUUCUGUGGUUUUUCUUUGAUGGGAUCAUUUGUCUCAGAAUUGUAGAAAAACAUAGGAGGUUUUUGAGAAGUAAAGAGUUUUCUAGCAAAAAGAGAAGAACACACAGGGAAAAUGUGCUCUGAGAAGCAAAGGACAGUCGAUUGUUUGCUGCCACAGACCUUUUAAUAGUUAAUAUCAAGUCCCUAUAUGAUUUGAUAUGCCCACAAACCUGUUAUUUUUUUCUUUCUUUGCAUUUCUGAACUCUCUUUAAAACCCAAAAUUUAUGUAUGAGCAGUAUAGGUAUCUGAAAAAGAGUAUUAAGAUAUUUAAAAUAAAAAUGCAGACUUCAUGGGUUUUUAGCUAGGGUGAUGUGUGUAAACAAAUCAUAGUGCUUUCGAAAUACUUAAAAGUCUUAGGGGUUGAAGUGUUUUUGAUGUAAUACACAGUUUAUUUACCCUGCCCUCCUUUCCUAUGGUAUCAUCUGUUUUAAAGAAACUACAAAAGAAAGGAACACAUUACUUUAUCAUGUCGAAUUUUAUUUAUCUUUUGAAUAAACAUCAUGUCCUUAGGAUUGACAAAUUAUGCCUAUGAGGACAUUCUUUUUAGUAAUUUCAACUUUUAUUUUAGAUUUGGGGGUGUAUGUGUAGGUUUGUUCCAUGGGUAUUUUGGAUGAUACAGAGGUUUGGGUACGGAUCCCAUCACCCAAUAAUGAGCUUAGUACCAGACAGGUGAUUUUUCAACCUACACGCUCCCUCCCUCCAUCCCCACUCUAGUCGUGUCUGUUCUCAUCUUUAAGUUCGUAUGUACACAAUGUUUAACUCCCGCUUACAAGUGAGAACAUGUGGUAUUUGGUUUUCUGUUUCUGUGUUAAUUCACUUAGGAUAAGGGCCUCCAGCUGCAUUCAUUUUGAUGUAAAGGACAAGAUUUUGUUCUUUUUGGCUGCAUAGUAUUCCAUUGUGCAUAUGUACCACAUUUUCUUCAUCUAGUCCAUCAUUGACGUGGUAUAUACGCACCAUGGAAUCAACCUGGGUUGAUUUCAUUUUUUUGCUAUUGUGCAUAAGGCUGCAGUAAACAUAAGACUGCACUAAACAUAAGACUGCAUGUGUCUUUUUGGUGGAAUGAUUUAUUUUCCUCUGGGUGUAUACCCAGUAAGGGGAUUGCUGGGCCAAAGGUAGCACUGUGUGAAGUUUUUUGAGAAGUCUCGAAACCGCAUUCCACAGUAGCUGCUCUAAUUUACAUUCCUAACAACAGUGCAUAAGCAUUCCCUUUUCCGCACCACCUCACCAGUAUUUGCUUUUUGACUCUUUAAUCAUAGCCCUUCUGACUGGAGUGAGAUGGUAUAUCAUUGUGGUUUUGAUUUGCAUUUCUCUGCUGAGUAGUGAUGAUGAAUAUUUUUUCACAUGUUCACUGGCCACUUGUGUGUCUUUUAAGAAAUGCUUGUUCGUGUCCUUUUUCUACUUUUUAAUAGGGUUGUUUUUUGCUUGGGGAUUUAAGUUCCCUGUAGAUUCUGGAUACUAGAUGUUUGUCAGACGCGUAGCUAGCAAAAAUUUUCUCCCAUUCUGUAGGUUGUCUGUUUACUCUGUCUUGUUGUUUUGCUGUGCAGAGGCUCAUUAAUCAGUCCCACUUGCCAGUUUUUAUUCGCAGUUGCCUUUGGAGACUUAGUAAAAAAAAUUCUUUGCCAAGGCCAAAUUGAGACAGGCAUUUCCUAGGUUUUCUUCUAGGAUUUUUAAAGUUUUAGGUCUUACAUUUAAGUUUUUAAUGCAUCUUGAGUAACUUUUCAUAUAUAUGGUGAAGGGUAGGGGCCAAGUUUCUUUCUUGUGCAUAUGGCUAGCCAGUUAUCCCAGCAACAUUUAUUGAAUAGAGAGUCCUUUCCCCAUUGCUUGUUUUUGUCAGCUUUGUUGAAGAUGGGAUGGUUGAGAGUGUGCAGCUUUAUUUCUGGGAUUUCUAUUCUGUUCCAUUGGUCUGUGUGGAGGAGAUACUGUUAAUGUGUUUAUUGUAUAGCCUGUCUUAAGGUAAAUAAGAAAUGUGUAGUAAAUUUUUAAAUCUUACAAUAUUUAUCAUAGUAAUAUGAUACUGAAUUUAUUAAAUCACCAUUUCCAACUCCUCUCUUGGUAGAUGUUUCUCUAACUCCAGCUCCCACCCACCCCCAAAUUGUUUAUUCAUGUCAUGUGCGUACAUGUGUGUGUAUGAAAGCGAGCUGGAAAACAUAUUUUAAGACUUUUAAAUUACUCCUUUUUGGUGUGAUUUUUAUUUUUGAUGUGCCACAACUACUAUGAUUAAUAGUUCCCACGUCAGAAUGCAUCUGCCUCAUUAUGGCAUUUUCUUUUCACAGGUGUAGUAUCUCAUGUGGCUGCCAUGGUUCCUUUAAUAAUUACUAACCCCUCCCUACGCUGAGUUCCUCUCCCUUCCCAUAUACAAGUACUUGAGUAGCAUUAUUUUGUUCCACUGCAUAGGAUCAAGUAAUUAUCUUCUGUCUUACUUGAUGAUCACAUAUUUCAAGCCUCAUUUCUGAUAGAGCACAACCCGAUGGGGCUACUAAAAAGGAGCAAAGGGAAUGAAAAGAGUGCUUUAUUCUUCUGAAAAAUAAAAAAGGAGAUGGAAGGAAAAGAAGUGUUAGAUAAAAUGCCAGACUUCAGAAGUAUAGAGUAAAUAAUUUUGUAACUAAUUAUAGGUUUUUAUAAGCAAAGUUGUUAUUAUGCCGUAUCUGGGUCCUGGUAUGUGUCAUAUAGGGAUAUUCUAUAAUUUUCAAAAAUUUUUUUUUUAAUUUUAUGAUACAAACUCAUUUUUUGCUUUAUUUUCUCCCAAUAUUCAUUUGAAGUUCAGCUGCAUGAGUGUUGUCUGAAAUGAAGUGUCAGAGGCUACACUUGGAUGCUAUUAAAUGUUUGUGAUGUUUCACAAUUCAUAUUCAAAAUUUAGAAGAUAUUCCUGCAGAGUUGAAUAAAAACUGACACAUUUGCAGACCAUAUUUUGACAAAGCCGUACCUUUCGUACUCUAUGAUUGCCAGAAUUGCAGUUAAACUUGGUUUCGUUUAUAUAUUGGAAAAAAUUUUAAAAAUCAUAGUUCCUUAUUAUAGAAUCAUAUAGAUCUGUUUGAUUUUCUUUAUUUUCUUCUGCUUUAAUCUUUUUAAAUCUUUUUUUAUUUUACAAAUAACUUCAAAUAUUUUUCAGAUUGUUUAGAAUUCUCUGAAG